AUGGCUUGCUACGGCGAGUACCAGCCGGCGGCUACAGCGGCGGCGGCGGCAGCGGCGGCGGCGGCAGUCGUGCAUCAGCGCAGUCGAUCUAACGUCGUCAUCAGAAGCAGCGUGGAUUUGGACCAAGCGCUGAACGACCACUUCAAGAAGUCUAUCGAGUGUCUCGGUCCCGGUGCCAAUCACGUGCCACCAGCGUCCAGCUGGAGGGACAAGAACUUACCAGACACGUUUUUCAAGCCGACCAAAUCCAAUAAUGCUUCGAUAGUGCACAGCCGCGAAGGGAGUGACAGUUCCGGCUGCCACACUAUUUCGUCGCCGUGCAGCGUCGUUUCCGCGUGCGGUUCGUGCGGCAGUUCCGGCGGCGGCGGCGGCGGAGGUGCAAGCAGUGCUGCCGGUAAUGGUGCGGGAGGCGGCAGCAAUGGAGGUGCUGGUGGUCUCUCGGCACCGACCGUGCUGCACACUCGUGCGCAUUCGUCGCCGGCCACCCUUCAGAACGGAAAACUGAGCAUCGCGUCGCGCCUUCCUCAGCCGCAACCCCACAACCGCGUGCACAGUUACGACGUCGACGUCGACAUCGACAACCGCGCUCUUCCGAAUGGCUGGGAAAAAGCGUACACCGAAAACAACCAGGUGUACUUCAUCAAGUUAGUGAACAACGAUUUUAUGUGCCGCAUCGCGUUCUGUGCUGUUUUGUCUCGCUUUGUGCGUUUAUCGCGUCGCGCACCGGGACGAUCUGGACAGCAGCGGCAACAGCAGCCGCAGCGACCACCCGACCGCGGCGCAGUCGUUGUAGUCCUGCUUGUCGCAUGUCGCGCGCGCACGCACGCAUGCAUGCACACGCGCGCGCGUUUAGGUACGCGACGGCGCGUUUCCCGUCUCGGUCUCGGUCUCGGUCUCGGUCUCGGUCUCGGUCUCGGUCUCGGUCUCGGUCUCGGUCUCGGUCUCGGUCUUGGUCUUGAUCUUGGUCUCGGCCGCGGCCUCGGUCUCGGUCUUUAG